AGCGAGGGUCCCCGGCCAGUGAUAAUGGUAGCUGUGUGACGAGAAGGAGGGGUUUGCUGUCUCGCCGUGCGGAGAGGGCCGCCACGGAAACAUUUUAUUCCACCUCAGCUCGCAGGAACCCAAGUUGUUAUUGUUGAAAAAGAGAGAGAGAGAGAGACUGCUGGACCACAACCCCCGUUUCCUCUUUUUUGAAAGAAAGAAAGAAAAAAAAAUACAUAUACAAAUAUAGCAAAUUUUGGAAAAUAAAGAGAAAACAAAGAGAAAAAUAGAAAGAGGAAAAACAAAUAGAAAAUUAAGAAUAACAAAAAAUAAACACGCGGCCCGUUAGAGGGAAGAAUUAAGAAAAAAAAGAUAAACCAAUAGAUAACAGAAAGAAAACAAUAGAUAACAGAGAAGAAAAAGAACCGCACUAGAUCGUAACGGACCAAAGAGGAAGAUAAAGAUAACACCAAGACCCAGUCAUGAAGCGUCGGAUUGGCUUUGGAAACGACGCUGAAUUCAUGUCCUACCUCAUGGACGUCGCCGACCGUUCACAAAG